CGUUUCCGUCUGAAUGACGGAAGUGUCGUCAUACAUGGACAACUUAUUUACUAGCGGUGGCUUAUCGUGUCUAAGCGAAUAAAUCUGUUUAAUUUAAAAAAUUCACACCUAAAAAGGAGACAUUUUUGAAGUUAUUUCCAAUGGCAGAUCCCGCCGUGACGCCGGGAGGCGCGUUAAACUCCAGCGGGCGAGGGUCUGGAGCCAAAGCAGCUUCAAGCCCUGCAGAGAACUACCACCUGGCCCGGCGCCGCACCCUGCAGGUCGUGGUCAGCGCCCUGCUGACUGAGAGCGGCUUUGACAGCGCUGAAAAGGCGGCGGUGGAGACGCUCACAGAGAUGAUGCAGAGCUACAUCACAGAGAUCGGUCGGUGUGCCAAGGCCUACUGUGAGCACACAGCCAGAAGCGUCCCCACCCUGUCAGACGCGGUGCUGACUCUCAUUGAAAUGGGUUUCAAUGUGGACACGCUGCCGGUUUACGCCAAACGGUCGCAGAGGAUGGUCAUAACUGCUCCUCCGGUGACGAAUGCUCCAGGGACGCCCAAGUCUCUAUCGGCGGGACAAAAACGCACACACCCAUCUCACAUCCCCAGCCAUUUGCCAGAGUUCCCAGACCCCCACACCUACAUCAAAACUCCUACUUUUAGGGAGCCAGUGUCCGACUACCAAGUGCUCAGAGAGAAGGCCGCCUCCCAGAGGAGAGACGUGGAACGAGCCCUCACCCGCUUCAUGGCCAAGACGGGAGAAACACAAAGCCUCUUCAAGGACGACGUCACCGCCUUCCCACUGAUCGCCGCCCGGCCCAGCGUCAUCCCGUACCUCAGCGCCCUUCUGCCCUCGGAGCUGGAACUGCAGUCCCUCGAGGAGACGGACUCCUCCGAACAGGACGACCAGACGGACAGUGAGAACGCAGCGGGGAACAUCAAUUCUCAGGACGAUCCAGGCGCCGACAAACAAAACUCCAUGCUUCCUCCCAGCGCCGUCGUCUCGUCCGCCAAAGCCAACGAAGACAACAUGAUCGACAACCCGUACCUCCGACCCGUCAAGAAACCCAAAGUGAGGCGGAAGAAGUGACGCAGCAGCUCGGCGGACAAACGGACCGCUGUUCUGUCAGUCAAUUUUCCUCACAGAGGAAAAGGCCUGGAAUGAACCCCCCCCCAUCAGGAGCAGAGCUUUGGUCUCUUCCGCCUCUGGUGCCAAUGUGGACAGACUCCUAUUUUUGACUUUUUUUUGUAUUGAGGACAGUGAAGUCAUAUUGUGAGAAAAAAACAGUGACGAAGCACAAAUAAAAGAUUAGCUGCUUUGGACAACUUAUGAAAACUUUAUUGACACUGAAACGAGAAAAAAACAAAGUGGAUUUCCUCUGAAAUAAUCUGCAGUGUUUUUGCUGAAGACCAAGCAGCUAAUAUUCACUUGGUAAAUAAUAUUGUUACAUUCUGCAAGCAUAAACUUGACGUUUUAUGACCAAA